GUGUAUCAGAACUCAUGCAUAGUGGAAUUUGAAGGUAUGUGUGAAGAGGGAUAAUAACGGAGGUUAGAGUGAAGAUGAACUACGAGGGUAGAUGAGGUGGAUUGGUCGGAAUAUGAGAGGGGGAGAUGUCAGCACGUACGUUGCUCCUAACUCGCAAUGAAGUACGAAGGACGAUACUGGAUGGAGAACGCUCCACCCCCUCCCCCACCUGGCGUGAUGCCGGGAUCGACAUAUCAACCCCCAACUGCACCAUUCCAAGUGUCGAACAGGUUUUACCAGCAGCCAUAUCAAGCAGCGCCGUACGGUUAUCCGCCAAUUCAGCAGGGGUACACGGCGGCACCUCCUCCACUUCAGUGGAAUGGACAAGGAGGUCUACGAGCAAUCCCGGUCAGUAUAACCAAGGUUACGGGCGCAGUAACGGCGGGAACUAUCAGCCUCGCGCAUUCUUUACCAAGGAGCAAGCUGAUUUUAUCGACAAGCUAAAGCUGAAGGAAGCUGUGGAAGAAGCAAGGAAAAAAGAUCAGGAUGAGAUCGCGAGACUGAAGGCCGUGCAAGAAGAGAGCGAGAAGAAGAAAGCGAAAGGGAAAGGUGAGACAAAGGAACAAGGAAAAAAGCAUGGUGCACGAGAGAAGGGAAAGACGAAGGUAUCGGUGAAGGGAAAGCAAGAUAGUAUGAAGAAAUGGGUGGCAGAAAACUUUGGGAAUUCGCUGCGGAUUCUGACAGCGAAACUGGAGGACGUAGAGAAAAAAUCAAAAUUGAAAGAGGCGGAGGUAAAAGAAUUAAGAAUGCUAAGGAUGGAGAAGGAAUUGAGGGAGCUGCGGGAAAGCUCCAGUAGCGAAAAACAAAAAAGGGAGCGAACCUCCCCGGCUCGAGUUGGAAACAAUAAAACCAAAUCAAGAACUAGUGUACUAAAGAGGCGGAGUAGAGGUAAGAAGCCUGGGGAAAUCUUCUCUGAUGACAGUGGGAAGGAGGGGGAUGCAGUAGUGCAGAAUUUAGGAGCUAAGAUUGAUGAUUCGGCCGACAACUUGAAGGAAGUAGCGCAACUGAAGGACCUACUCUUGGAAAUUCUGGCUGCAAAAGGGAGAGAAAGCAGCGGGGGCAGCAAGGAAACCAAGCCAACUGAGGACAAAGAGAGCAGGAAGGAGAAGGCUCAUAUAGGAGAUGAGCAGGAGGAGCACACAGAAGGGGAUGAAGAGGGUGAGACAAACGGAAAGAUCGGAGACUGUACAUUUGGGUUGUAUUUCAAGGACAGGGUGAUCUACUACGAUGCCAUGCACUACACGAAAGUGCAGGAAUUAUGCAAAAAGAGAGGGGUUACAUACAAGAGGAAGGAAGCGGGAGUUUGGGAGCUCGCACGUCUAGACUUCGAAGUACUCAUGAAGAUGGAGAAAAGUGAAGAGAAAGAAGAUGCAGAGGCCAAAGAGAGUGAAGCAGAGACUCAUGUAUCAGACAACAGCUCCAGCUCAAAUCCUGACGAGAAGUCAGAGGAAGAAGACGACAUUGCGGGAAACUAGGCAAUGCGAGCAAGAGAUCAAUUCUGAGGCUCUACAAGAGAUUAGUGAAGCUUCAGGGAGACUUAGGCUCGCUGAUCAAUGAGGAAGU